AUGUCUCUCAACGCAGGACCAAAUCUAAACCAGAACAACGAAGAAUGUACUGGAACGUCCGAAUUCUGCUGUCCUUCGAAAUCAACGCUCAAAAACUGCGAAUGGGGAAACUGCGGUGAUUCCUGCCCGGAUAACAAACUGCUUGUCACACGCCGCGACCAACUCUGGACACCAGGCCAUGGAGACGUCGACUCCCAAGAGUUCUGGUGCUCUGGAGGUGAAAUGAUGAGCAUGUGCUGCGAUCCUCCCAGUGCAGCUGACAAUGUACCGGUUGAUCCGGCCGAUCUGUUCGAGUACCCUGAUGAAGACAACGUGAGCUGGUACGAUAAAUCCGAGCCGGCAGCGAACAAUGAAGCAUCUGAUAUUGAGGACGAGGAUCCGUUCGCUUUUGUUAUGAUUGACGGCGACACUGAUGCCUAUGAUCAGUCGCUGGUUGAUCAGUGGUCGUUCCUGGAUGAUAACGGUGGUGCGUUGCAUAGCAAGCGUUCCUCAACAGAGCACAACUUGUUUGGCUCGCGAAAUGAUACAUUUGACAAUGUCGAGGAGAAAUAUCAAAUCAAGUGCAACAGUUUGCUAAGGAACGAUACUUCAUGUCACUCGAUCUUCUCUGGAGGUGCUUCGAAUACGAUUGCCAAGAUGCCUUCCAACGUCGGGGCUUCCGGCCCUUACGCACGAGUCAUCAGUCUGACACCUCAAGGAUCGACAACCAAGAGAAGCAAUGUGCUUCCUCGACCUGCCGACCAGGUCUAUGACAUGAAGGUCGACUAUGAUCUGGGAGCUGCUGCGUCUGAAUCCAAGGGCGACGUCAACUUCCGCGUUGACUAUACCAAUCUGCAGGAAUACUGGGACAAGGUCACCGACAGUCCAGCCAAGCACAAGAAGAGAUGGUUCGGAGACUUCGACACAUGGCUCGAGAAAGAGACAAGCAUUGUUCAAGACGAAAAGGGUUAUCUCCCUCUCACAUACGAGGGCGACGCCAAACUUCUGGAAUUGACACAGAACUGCUCCGGCGACAGUCCAUACAAACUCGACCUCGACGUUAACAUGAAAGUCGGACUUCACGCACAAUACGCAUACUAUUUCGAAGGAGCCAUCCUGCCAACUCCCAAGCUCAUCGCGGCUUAUUCGUACUUUUCCGUCGAGCCUAGUGCAGAUAUUCUCUUCCAACUCAGUAGAGAAGCUACCUUCCAGUCCACAACUGGCGAAGCGGACCUGAUCGAAGACAUUCCGUUCUCCGGCAUGUCCAUCAAGGGUCUGAUCGACAUCGGACCAGCGCUGGCAAUCACCGGGUCGAUAGACAUCUCUCUCACCUUCGCGGGUGAGCUUCAGGCUGGUGUCUCAGCCAACUGGAAGAAAACGGAGAUCUACUUCCCUCAGGAUUUAGCUGGACAAGAUGCCACAGUCAAGCCUUCCGGUAUCAAGCCUUAUCUUGACCAAGAUGAUGAACCUGAAUACUUGAUCACUCCCGAGUUCGAGGCCUCUGCCACCGCAUCGGGACAUAUCAAUUUCAACCUCACCCCCAAAGUGCGAUUCGGAAUCUCCGUUCUGGGAGGAAAGCUGUCUGGCGGGUUUGUCACUGCCGGUGUGGAAAAUACCAUCAGCGUUGGCUUUGACUCGAGCAGCACGACUGGUUUCUGCUACUGGGCCGAUUAUCUCUAUAGUCUCUUUGUUCAAGCUGAGGUCAAGUUCCCCGGCGACCUGACAUACUGGGGCUCUGACAAAUUCGAUCUCGCCUCGCCAGACGAUCCCAUUACUCUCAUUGACAAGUCUUGCGUCCCCUGGGAGAAGAAGGUCACUAUCACGCCGAGAGACGACACCCCUGGCGAUGCGGACUUGGGCGAAAACUACGACUCCUUCGUAGCUGGUGAUAUCGCCGGCGCCCCCGACACCAAGAACGACGGCGAGCCCAUCUUCAGCGCGCUUCUCGCAUGUCCCGGAAAGAACGACACAAUCCCAGACGAUGCGUACUCGUGUAGCUCUCAAUCGUCGUUCAAGAGAGCCGUUUCGGGCUGCUCUCUCCCUCCGGCUCUCUUCUACAACUGCGACUAUUUCCCCGACCUGGUGGUAAACAAUAACAACCAAAACACCAACCAGAACAACCCAACCCAGACUCUUACUGGUAUCUGCAAAAAUGUGAAAAACUACCUCGACGGUCAUCAAAACGACCCUGGCGUGGGAUCAAACUAUAUGCUGCUCACAUACUGGAAAGGCUCGAAUAACCCGGCCAAUACUAACAGAAAUCAGGCCUGUGACAGGCCAGGAGGUCCAGGAGACCAAUGCAAAGAGCUUAAGAAGUCACUCUGGCCUCAGGCUGUGCAGGAUGCUGUCAAUAAGGACAAAAACCUAAUCAGAGCGAAGACAAUGCAUGGAUGGACGGAUAACAUGUCUUGUGACGAGUUUCCUUUUAACGCCUGCCACCAGGGAGGUGCUGGAGCUCCGCCCAGCAAUACUACCAAUGGCACAUCAACAGAAAAUGGCGGAAACCCGUGGUCAAAUGAGGACUACUACAAAACAAAGGCCAACGACGUCCGGCUAUUCAGCACAAAUCUCUACUUCUGGAGCCAAACGGGCGACGACAUCGGAGGUCUAGGAGGGGCAUUCAACCCCAACGCGGCAAAUGGCAACAACCCCAGCAUCAAUCCCGGAUUCAAGAUGCGAUUCGUCAUUGGUGGCGUUAACCUGCACAGUGAUCGAUUCUAUAUCAGCAAGAAUAAAAAGGGGGCUAAUGCGCUCUGCGUGGCGAGGCCGUCCCUCGUGGAAGUCGAUAAUACAAACAAGAACAUCAAGACCCUUCCGGUAAAGCUAUGCACCGUCAUCUUCAUGACCGCUGCGGACUUGACCAAGCGUGGUCUGGAUCCGCGUAACUCAAAUGACUGGAUUGUUGAAGAUGUCAUCUGGCACGAUGAUGAGGAUCCAGAGGAUCUCACGGAUGCGUUGAAACAGCUGGGACUGGCUGGAGAUGAGGAUGAUGACAAAACGCCUGUUGUUUCUAAUGGCCAUGCCCGAGUGCAUCUUGGCCAUGGGCAUGGACAUGGCCGUCAUUGA